UUCCAGGGGAACUCUCUGCUCUGUAUGCCCAACGUGCUCAAGGUGUACCUGGAGAAUGGGCAGACCAAAGCUUUCAAGUUUGAAGCAAACACAACUGUGAAGGACAUCAUCCUCACAGUGAAGGAGAAGCUGUCCAUCCGAAGCAUCGAGUACUUUGCACUGGCCCUGGAGGAGCAGUACAGUGCCUCUCGCCUGCACCUACUGCAUGAAGAGGAACUCAUCCAGCAGGUGGUGGAAAGGGAAGAAUCACAGGACUCCCGCUGCCUCUUCAGGGUGUGCUUUGUUCCCAAGGACCCUCUGGACCUGCUGAAAGAGGACCCAGUGGCCUUUGAAUAUCUGUACCUACAGAGCUGCAGUGAUGUCCUCCAGGAGCGCUUUGCCGUGGAGAUGAAGUGCAGCUCUGCCCUUCGGCUGGCAGCCCUGCACAUCCAGGAGCGGACCUAUGCCUGCGCCCAGCCACAGAAGAUCUCCUUGAAGUACAUAGAGAAAGACUGGGGAAUAGAGAAUUUUAUAUCUCCAACUUUACUCCGAAAUAUGAAAGGCAAAGACAUCAAGAAAGCCAUUAGUUUCCACAUGAAGAGGAACCAGAAUCUGCUGGAACCCCGACAGAAGCAACUUAUUUCUGCAGCUCAGCUACGCUUGAAUUAUCUUCAGAUCCUUGGGGAGCUCAAGACGUAUGGCGGGAAGGUCUUUAAUGCUACUCUGAUGUUACAGGAUAGAGAAUCCUACAUUGCCCUUCUAGUUGGAGCCAAGUAUGGGAUUAGCCAGAUCAUCAAUAGCAAACUCAACAUCAUGUCCACACUGGCAGAGUUUGCCAACAUCAGCCGCGUGGAGCUGACGGAAGAGUCUGAGAAAGUGAGCAUGGUCAAGGUCUACCUUCAGGACAUUAAGGUUCUGACAUUGUUGCUGGAAUCCAACAGUGCAAAAGACCUGGCCUGCUUGAUAGCCGGGUACUACAGGCUGUUUGUGGACCCAGCCAACUCUGUUUUCCUCUGGUCUGGAAACAGACAGCAGAUCCACCGGGUGUCUGCUGAAGAAGGCUAUGAGUCUAGGGCCUGCAGUGACUCAGAGGAGUCCUCUGAAGUGGAUUGUGUCCUGGAGCCCCUGUCUGACGGACGCCUGGUGAAGCUGAGCCUCUGCAGACCGUUCGUUAGAGAGGAUCAGCCCCCUGGAGAUAGCCCCACACCGGAGGUGACCAGGAGAGGCCCGAGCACCUGUGGGGCCAGCAGCAUGACGGACAGCGCUGAAUCCGAGGCCUCUGACUCAGCCAACACUGAGAGCCGAGGCUGCAGGACCAGCGGCUCCAGUGAGUCCAUGGACGCCCUGGAAGAGGAUGACUUAGAUGCAUGCUCCUCCAGCAAAAACAGCUUCUUCCAUUUUGACCCCCAAGGCUUUUCAAAGGGCCUUGAUACCAGCAGCCAAGAAGAAAAAAUCAGGGUUGAGACCAGCGGUUUCCUGUGUUUGCUGGACCUUGCCCAGAAUGCCAACCCUGGGUGCCAGAAGAUAGAGUGUCCCCAGGGCCUAGCUUCAGAGGCCUGCAGCUGGGGCUCAGACCUGAGCAUGGGCAGGCUAGACCCCAGGUUGUAUGAGGGCAGCCGGACUGACUACUAUAGCCUGUGUUCUAGCGUCUCCCCAGGAAGCCACCUGAGUGAUAGCUCUGAGAGUACAGCUUCCCGGCAGGGAGCUGCACCUCCACUGUGGUGCCAGCAGGGCUGGAUGGAGGCUCAGCCCAGCUCCACGCUGGGAAUGCUGGCCCUGCAGCCAACGCCACCACUGGCCUUUGAGGAUGGCAGCUCAGAUGAGGAGUACUAUGAUGCAGCCGACAAACUCACACCCCCCGACACACUCUCAGGGCCGAGAACUGCCAGUCUCAGUGCAGUGAAAUUGCAGACUCAGCCUAGAUCCUGUGGCUCCGAGGAAAGCCUGCAUCUGGGCCCCGAGGGAGGAGAAGCAAGCAGGCGGGGAGGGGUGAAGAAGUAUGCCAAGACCCUGAGGAAAAGGAGGUCCUUCCUACAGACAGACCACACCUGCCAGGUCUCCUUCCCCAUGGAGCCAUCUGCCUCCCAAGAAAACGUGGAUGACGUGUGCUACUACAACAGAGAGCCCUACCUGACCCUCACCACCCCCUCCCCAACUGUGUCCUCCCUGCAGGACAUGCAAGGUGAGCCAGGCCUCCUAGAGACCAAGGCCUUGGGGUUGCUGGCUUCCCUAAGGGAGACAAAGAACAAAAAUCCAGCCUCCAGGAUCAUGGAGAUGGAGCCGGAGACCAUGGAAACCAAGUCAGUCAUUGACUCUCGAGUGUCUUCCAUCUCUGCCAUUCGUCUCCGUAUUGACCCCAACAACACAGAGACUCCCGAGACUGCUCCCUUGGCUGUCACCACUGAUGAUGGUCCCUCGACAAAGGUCCCUCACAACCCCCAUUGUUCCAACCCAGGUUCUUCCAGCCCACAGGCUGCUCAGGUCAGGCCUUUCCAAAUCUUAUCUCAAGACCAAGGUGGCACCACCCCCAAAGAACUCACCCCGGGGCCUGAGGAUAGCACCGUCCCUCUCUCUGUGGCUGACCCUAAUCCAGGCAGCCCAGGGCCUCACCACAUCCCUCAAAAGGACCCAGCAGAGCCAGAAGGGGUACAGUCAGAAAUGGACGUGGGAUCUUUUGUAAUAAAUCAUAUACAAGAAGUUACCCCCAAGUCCACAGGGCCCCUGUGUCCUGGAGAUGGGCCUGUAAGUGAUCAAUGUGGAAUGCACUCAGAAGAGAUGGUCUUUGCUGCAGAAGAGGUGCUGCAAGGACAGCUAUCUUUGGAAAGUGACAGUGAAGCAACACACAAAAAUGGCCCCAACUUAUUUCAGAAGGGAUUUGGGAAGGACUUGGGUGAUUUCAAGGGUAAGGGGUCAGAUAGUGUUCCAGAGGCUCUUGAUGGUAGUGCUCUCGCUGGUGAAAUAACCGGUUCCCUCUCCUCAGAGACUCCUGGAACAGGGAUAGAACAGACCCCACCUGACUCCCAUGGAGAAGAGAGAGAAGCCAUAGGCCAGGCCAGCCAGGAACAGGAACUAUUGGCAGAACUGGACUUGGGCCCUGACUUCUUACGUGGGGUGCAGGCCAUUCCAUCAGCCUUCCCUCCAGAUAGAGUCAAGGCAGAGCAGCUUAGUUGUGUGAUAGGGGAAGAGACAGUCCCUAUGGAUCCCCCUCAGCAGGUCUGCAUCCUUACAGUACCUUCUCUGCCAAAGCUUUCGCCAUGUCAGGAGGAGCCGCGCUCAGCAGACUCAGGCCAUGGCUCACCAGCAGAAAGCAAGUGUGACAGUCCUGUCAUUUGCCUUCCACCUGAGAGGUCUUUCCUGUGCUUUGCCCCAGAGAGCUAUCCUGAAGGCUCCGCCAGUCUCAGCAGAACCAGCUCCUUGGGUUUUGCUGGCAUGAAUGAAAUAGUGCCUGCUGGAAUUGGCAUAGAGCAUUGCAGAUGUCAGUUCUCCUAUGCCACAUGUUUCCGUGGCCCGCAGCCUGAGACAGAGGAAGAAAACGGGGACCCACAAACACACCCUGCUGCCCCCCUUACCUCACCACCCUCUGCAGGAAGCGAGGUGACUCUGCCCUGGAGGUCAGCCCGUGCGUACAGCUGCACCACACCCCUGUCCAGGAAAAACCACAUCUGGCCAGAGUAUUGCUCCAGGGCUCUGAGGCAACUAAAAACUGUCCCUGCAAGUGCCCCCGAGGGCUUUGUCCAACUCACAGAGAGCCUGCUAGAGCUACAGGACAUUGUGGAAGCUUCCUGGGGGGUUGGCAACAAACACCCCCCUGAGAAAUGCACCUGGCAUUUUUCAGAAAGCCGGAGCCGCCUGUGCAUGGGUUCGCAGAAGCUCCUCUCCAGCUGCCAACAUGUGAUCAGAAUGGACCAGUCCCCUGAGGAGAUGCAGGGCGCUGUGCGAGUCACCUUCCAGCACCUGGUCCAGCUGGCCGGCCUCUGCUUCCAGUUCACGCACUGUAGCCGCUGCUCCACCCGGCACAGGGAAGUGGCUGGGAACCUGAGGGACGUGGUCUGUACCUACCACCAAUUCGUGGAGGCUGCGAAACUGACCUGCGAGAGGGGCUACCACGACCUCAGCGUCAAACUCUUGGCCCGCCAAUGCACAGCCCUCACAGCUGCUGUGUUCUGUUUGACCCAGAAGUUCCGGGCAUCCACUGCUCUGUGAACACGUCACCUACCGAGGGCCCCUUGACCUGCCUGGAAAGUUCUCCAAGAAGCCUCCUCCAGCUCUCCUCCCACCUCCGUUACAUGUUUACUACAUAGAAUAUUCAAAUAAACUGCUG